AUGAGCCGCGCAGGCAGCGGCUGGGAUAUGGAGGCGCUACGGGCAGACGCCGGCGGCGGCGGGAGCAGCAGUGGCCGGGGCCAGUGCCGCAAUUUCCUAUCGCCGUCGGUCUUCGGGGCGGCGCCGCCGCCGCCGGGCCGAGCUGCGGGUCCCACCGCCUCCUCGGGCUUCCCUUACGAGCGCUCGGGCUCUUCGGCCGGGGCGCGCUCGUCGUCGUCGUCGUCAGAGGCGGCCCCUUCCAAGGACUGCUCCAGCGGUGGGCCCCCGACGGCCACGGCCGCCGCGGCCGCGGCCGCCGCACUAGGCUACCACCCGGGCUACCACCACUUCGGCAACGGCUACUACAGCUGCCUGCAGCAGAACGCCGCGCUCAAAGCCUCCCCGCACGCCGCCUUCCCCGUGGAGAAGUACAUGGACGUGGCCGGCCUGGCGAGCACCAGCGUUCCGUCGGGCAGCGACGUCUCCUCGCGAGCCAAGGAGGUCUCUUUCUAUCAGGGCUACGCCGCUGCCGCCGCCGCCGCCGGCCCUUACCAGCACGUGCCCGCCGGCUACCUGGACAUGGUCUCCACCUUCGGCUCGGCGGCGGGCGGCGAGCCCAGGCACGAGACGUACAUCUCCAUGGAGGGCUACCAGUCGUGGACUUUGGCCAACGGGUGGAACGGCCAGGUGUACUGCGCCAAAGACCAGGCCCAGGGCUCCCACUUUUGGAAGUCCUCCUUCCCAGGGGACGUUGCACUAAAUCAGCCGGAUAUGUGUGUCUACCGGCGAGGGAGGAAGAAGCGCGUGCCUUACACGAAGCUGCAGCUCAAGGAACUGGAGAGCGAGUACGCCGUGAACAAAUUCAUAAACAAGGACAAGAGGCGGAGGAUAUCAGCGGCCACCAACCUCUCGGAGAGACAAGUCACUAUUUGGUUUCAGAACCGCAGGGUCAAGGACAAGAAGAUAGUCUCCAAGCUGAAGGACAAUGUCUCCUGAUCCGGGCCCAAAUCGGUUUUUUUUGGAGGGGGGGUAGGAUCUAUCUCUAGCUAUAAAUAUAUAUAUAAAUAUAUAUUAAUUGCAAACCAUCCA